AUGGAGUUUUUUCUUUCAUUAAUUGGUUGUUCAAUUGGUCUUGGUAAUGUUUGGAGAUAUCCAUACAUGGCGUUCAAAAAUGGUGGAGGUGCUUUUGUUAUACCAUAUUUUUGUGUAUAUUUUCUUAUUGGUACACCGCUUUUCUUUCUUGAAAUGUCACUGGGUCAAUUUACUAGUAGUGGUUCAGCAGCUGCUUUUAAAAUGUCACGCAUGUUCAAAGGACUCGGCUGGGCAACAGCAAUAAAUUCAUUUUUAGUUUCAAUCUAUUAUAAUAUUAUAAUAGCUUGGUGUCUUUUCUAUUUUUUUGCUUCAUUUCGACGUAAACUUCAAUGGAGUGAUUGUGGAAAUUGGUGGAAUACUGAACAAACAUUACUCUUUUCAAAUUCGACUGUUUUCUGUAAUAAUAUUCAUAAUCGAACAAAUUGUACAAAGCCUAUUUUUCCACCAGAAGAAUAUUUCGAUAAUUAUGUUUUACGACGAAGUGAUUCACUUGAUAACAUAGGUUCACCUAGUUGGUCUUUAUCAUUAUGUUUAUUAUUAGCUUGGAUUCUUGUUGGUCUUUGUAUUAUUCAGGGUAUUAAAUCAUCAGGCAAAGUUGUUUAUUUUACUGCAUUAUUUCCUUAUGUUGUUAUAUUUGCUCUAAUUAUACGUGGUGUAACUUUACCGGGUGCUCAAGCUGGUAUUACAUUCUAUUUGAAACCUAAUUGGAAUAAAAUUCGAGAAUUAGAUGUAAAUAUAUUCUACUUUUCUUUAUAUUUGCCAUUAAAAUGAAAUUUUUCAACGAGAAUAUCUGUUUACUUAGUAGAUUUUUUU